AACAUGCUGCAUCUGCUCCUCGCUGCUCUUCUGCUGGUUGGAUCCUGUAAAGAUGUCGACUCCAGUCCUCUGCCUGAAGUUAAAAAAGAGAGUCAGAAGGGCUGGUUCAACAGGAUGUUGGAUUAUAUGGAGUCUAACCCUGAGACUUUAGAAGAGCUGAUGACCCACAGCUCUGCAGUGUUGGAGGGAGACAUGGUGCUGUCAAAUGACAGGAACGCAGUGGAGAGCACAUGGCCAACACCUGAGAUACCGUACGUCAUCAGCCCAGAGUUAGAAAGUCGGACAGACGACAUCCUCUCUGCCAUGGCGAUGGUGUCCAAACACACCUGUGUGUCCUUCCACAAGCGAACCUCUGAGACCAACUACCUGCUCUUCGUCAUCAGCAAAGGUUGUGCAUCAUACGUGGGCUUCAUCGGCGCUGAGCAGCCCGUGUUCGUCGGGCCCCUGUGCAAGGUGGGGAACAUCGUCCAUGAGAUUCUCCACGCUCUGGGCUUCCACCAUGAACACACGAGGGAAGACCGUGAACAGUACAUCACCGUUUUUCCCAGUAAUAUCAUGGACGGGAUGGAGAGAAACUUCAAAAAGCAGCAAGGCAAAACCUUUGAUCUUCGUUACGACAUAACUUCCAUCAUGCACUAUGGAAGUGGGUAUUUUUCUCUGAACGGCCUCCCCACCAUCGUACCGAAGACUGAUGUGAAGGGCAUGGGACAGAGAGACAAGAUGACAAAGAUGGACAUCGAGAGAGUUCGACUUCUCUACAGCUGUGACGCCCCAGAACAAAAGACAGAGGAGAAGGAAAGCAGCGAUGUCAGGAAGGAGAUUGCAAACAUGUAUGUGCCUAUGCACGAUGUGGCGUCUGCAUGAAGGACGAGGAACACAAGCUCACACGUCUGCUCCUGCCUCUCUGCCUCUCUGCAGCACCUCAACGCUGCCACUAGAGGGCACAAUCACACCAGCACCCAGACUGAACUGUCACUGACUUUAUUUAUUAAUAAAACCAAACUAUACACCUCGCAUUUGUCUUCACUGGUGUCACAUGACAAGCUGAAGUUUUUGUUUGGUGAAAAAGGUGCUUUCCAAAUGCUGAUGCCUGAAAUAAAAAAGAAAGUUUCAGAUUGAGGGAAAGAGUAAAAACUUUACUCAGCUCAACAUUGAGUCAAUACGCUGCAAUAAAAUCCCAAACUUUGUGUCAUUUCUGUCAAUAAUUGUGUUCUGAAAACCUAACUUUGCUGACGGCAUAAGAAACCUGCCAACGCAGUAAAAACAU